CUUGGAAGCAGGAAAAUGUAUAGGAAUUUGCGAGUGUGUUAUUUCUUUUAAGCUAGAAGCGGUUUGUUUGGUCUAUUCUGGGUUUGUUUUUGAAAGAGAAAUUAAGCUAAGAAAGAUAUGGCUCAAACGGUGGGAAGGAACAUAGCAGCUCCUUUGUUGUUUUUAAACUUGAUCAUGUACCUUAUUGUGUUGGGUUUUGCUAGUUGGUGUCUUAACAGGUACAUCAACGGCCAAACCAACCAUCCUAGUUUUGGAGGUAAUGGUGCAACAAUGUUCUUCUUGACUUUCGCUAUGAUGGCUGCUGUUCUUGGCGUGGUAUCUAAGUUCCUGGGUGGAAGCCAUAUCAGAGCUUGGAGGAAUGACAGUCUAGCUGCAGCAGCAUCAUCAUCAGUAGUGGCAUGGGCCCUGACUGCACUAGCAGCUGGCUUGGCUUGCAAAGAGAUACACAUAGGAGGGUACAGAGGGUGGAGACUGAAGAUGAUAGAGGCAUUCAUAAUCAUUCUAGCAUUCACCGAACUGGUGUACGUUUUGUUGCUUCAUGCUGGGAUCUUCAGUAGCAAGUAUGGCCCUGGUUACCGAGACACAGAUUAUGCAACGGGGGCAACAACUGGUGUUGAUCCCGUUCAUAAGGGUGGUGCUCCUGUUGCUGGGUCCAGGGUGGUUUAAUAAAUCAAAAUGUAACACUUCAUUGUUUCUUUAAAUUGCUGUUUUAAUUUGGGUUUCUUUUUCUUUUUCUUUUUUUGGGGCUGGGGGGUCUGCUUGUGGUUCUGUAAUAACCUUUAUGUUGUCUCUUGUGUUAGUUUCCAGCAUCAUGUACGUACAGUUUGUACUGGCUUUGGCCUAUUUAACGUAAGCAUUUUCCGUCGUUA